CCAAACCCCACCGAAAAUUGAUCCCUCAUGGCGGAAAACUCCAAAUUGAGCGCACUGCGGUUCAAAAACAAAAUGGAAGACAUAACCAUGAAUCUGGACCGCACGUACCGUGCAACAGAUUCUGUUAUUUCUGUUAAUUGUGACGAAACAGUCGAGCUUGGUCCUUGUUGGCCUAAGAUUCCCCCAGCUUCUGUUCAAGGCUUACUCAAGGAUGAGCCUUCAAGACUUGUUCCGGUCCACUGUCGUCAAGGGGAAGAAAUUUCAUGGAAUGAGUGGUCGGAUAAACCAUUCCCAAGUUGGCCAACCCACGAUGAAGCCUGGACUACCUGGGUCGCAAAGAUGCUUCCUUAUUACGGUGAUCACUGGAAGAAGGCCAACAUCUACGACCCAAUAAUGCUCUCCGCCAGGCGCUUCUUCCCCGACAAGGCUCUCCUCAGCGCUGCGUUUUGCUUUUGGAACUCAUCAUCCAACACUAUGGACUUGCCUCUCGGGAUGAUGAGUGUGAGUCUUCUUGACGUUGCUGCCAUUGCUGGGUUUAGGCCUCAUGGCACCACUUAUGACUGCACUGCUCAGUUGAAGCCCAAAACCAAGUUUAGGUCUGGUCGGCACUUCGAAUAUGGAAGUUGGAUAGACUAUCAUAAUAGUGACAAAAGCAACAAAGUUGUCGAUCAAGAGCACAUAGCGUUCCUCCUCUACUGGCUCUGUAGGUAUGUCUUCUGUGUACCUUCAGGGAUUAGUAAAGAGUGGUCUCAUUUGGCAGAAGUUUUGCAUCGAAGAACUGAUGUGGCCUUAGGUGAGUUGGUGCUAGCCUCACUGUACAGGGGUUUGCAGAAAAUCACUGUCAACCCAUUUGAUGGUAAAGCUGAGGGGCCACUUUGGCUGUUCCAAAUGUGGUUACAGAUUUAUUUCCCAGACCUAGGCCCGGUUAGUGCAUUUCCUGCCGAUGAGGUUAUGGGGGUUAGGUUGACAGACCAAGUCCCAAAACCACACUCCCCUCGUGAUUGCUUUGCAACGUUGUGGAGUUUCAAAUCAAACCCAUGUUGGACGCACACAUUGACGAGAAGGUAUCCCGGUUUCCUAAGGAAUAGGUUCAUAGAUGGUCCAACCUCUGAUGAUGGUGCCUUAGAUGAGGAAAUACAAGCUGUGCUAACGAGUGUGGUGGUGCAAAGAGAUCUGCUGUAUGGAGGGAUGAAAAAUGGUAGAUAUUAUGGAGUCCAGGCCGAAUUUUACGGCCCGAACCGUUUCAGUAGGCAGUUUGGUUGUAUACAAGGAAUUCCUUACUCUGGUCAUAAAAGCGUUAAUUGUUAUACCUCAUGGAGGGAUGUACUAAAAGAUGCUGCGGAAAUCAGAGGCGUGUUAAAUUCCAGUCGUUCCACAAAGUUGAAACCAUUCCUCACCAGGUAUGUGCUAACCUCUGAAACUACCCCAGGCUUUGACAAAUGGUGGCAUAGUCAAACCAAAGAUCGAUUUUCGGUAGAACAUGAUGGGCCCUUUGCUAUCUUAUAUAUGCAUUGUCCAUUCCGGGAUAGCCAUCAUCUAGAAGUUCCAGGCUUUCCCCCUGCUGAUGGAGAAAGGGAAGAAGGUGAAGAGGGAGAAGCUAAAGUUGAAAGCCCUCUCCCUACCGACAAGAAUCGAAAGAGGAAAGGCAACACAAAUGCUUUAAAAUCAGCUAGGCAGAAGACUACUCAAGUCACAGUAUCUGGAAUGACGACAAAUGGAUCCAAUAAUGAAGAAGCAGAGGAAAUUGAUGGCCGUCAUACCCUGAAUGUUGAUGGCUUGUCUGGAGCUCAAAUUAAGGAAUCCACUGUUGACCACCAAAAUGCUGUUGUUAAGCUAAAACAUAUAACUUCAACUUCUAAAAAUACCUUCAGAUCUAUGAAAAAGCUGAGGUCAGAUUUUUCAAGUGACACCUCCGAAAACGCUGAUAACAUCGGAACUGAAGAACCCAAACAGACUGAAGGGCCAUUGAUGGGAACUGGGGAGUUAGGAAGUAAACAAAUGUAUAGCGAUGCUGCUGCCUUCGAAACUGCCCCCUUACUUACCAGUAUGCACCCAGCUCAAAGUGAGCCAACCACGCCAGUUCAAGGAUUACUAGACGGCAAUGUGAGGACCCUCUCAAGAGAGGAAAAGUUGAAAAAGUUCGAAAACAUUGAAAAUAGUGUGGCAAACUCAUCUGUCGAAGCUUCCAAAGCUGAAGAUGAUCAUGCUUAUUCCGUUAUUGACGACGUGGUGAUUCGAGGCACGAGGGCGAUUUUUCAUGAUGGCCAGGUCCCAGCAGACCUAAGAGAGGCAUUAAAUUAUGUUCGAGGCAGAAGUCGGUUAAGCCAUGUUUUGAUUGAUGCUCUUGAUAAGUAUUUUAAGGAGCUUAAUUGCGCCCAGACGAAAAUGACUAUGAAUUUCAAUAAGUUGACGUUGCUCGAAGAUGAAGUUCGACGAGAUAAGGACAUCAGGGAUCAGCUGGAUAAAGCAUCAAAUGAAGGAAAGCAGUUGCAAAUUGCUUCAAUACAAAGAGCGGAGGAAAUUUCUCGACUUGAUGAAGAAAUAAAGGUACUUGAAGCAGAGAGAGAGGAGGAAGAGCGUAUGAUGGCACUAGAUAAAAAUAUUAUUGAUGAGAAAUUUGCACUCAUUAGUUCCUUUGAACUUGAAAUGUCCAAGCACCCCGAUCGUGGUUCUGAAAUGAUUGCCUGCCAAAUAAAGGAUAAACUUUACGAUAUGAGGAGUGACUCUAUACGUCGGGCCAUAAACGAGCUACUUUCUAAUAUCUAAAACCUCAGUUCAUGUUUACCCCUUGCUGUGUCCCAAGUGUUCCACUUGGAUCAGCUGGAAGAGGGUGUUAGUAGAGGUUUUGUGUCUUAGUUUCUUGUAUUUUCUAUUUGUCUUCGGGAAAAAAAAAACAAAAGAAAAACUCAGUUCAUGUUUUUGUUAUUCUUUUCUUUUCUUUUUCCUAUGAUCACUUGGUAGUUCAUUUGUAUGGUCCAACCUCCGAUAGUGCCUUGGAUGAGGAAAUACAAAGCUGUGCUAACGAGUGUCGUGGUACCGAGAGAUCUGCUUUACGGAGGGAUCAAAACUGGUAAAUAUUGAGGAGUCCAGACCGAAUUUUACGGCCAAACCAUUUCAGUAGGCAGUUUGGCUGCAUACAAGGAAUUUCUUACCCUACCAACAAGAAUCGAAAGAGGAAAGGCACCACAAAUGCUCCCGUGUCAACUAGGCAGAAGACUACUGAAAGACUACUGAAGUCACAGGUUGGUUCACAUACCCUUCAGUUAUCUGGAUUUAGAUUAGGCACGGUUUAGUCUGUUGCUUUUCUUGAAGCUGUAGUAUCUGGAAUGAAGACAAAUGGAUCCAAUGAUGAAGAGGCAGAGGAAAUUGAUGGCCGUCAUACCCUGAAUAUAAGCUUCUAACCUAAGCUGAUUCAUAACCCCUUAUUCUAAAUUACUUUUGAAAUAUACAACACAUUGUGUUCCUAGUUUUUUGAAAUUUGCUGUAUUCAUCAUGUCCUGUCACGGUGUUGGUGCUGGCACAACAUAGGUUGGCAGUAUAUUCUGGAGAACCAUGCGUAGUAGUGACACCUGAAAUUUCAUGCCCUUUUCCUGGCCAGUUCAUUUCCUAAUUGUAGUUCUAACUCUGGCUAUGAUCUUUCCCUGACGAUGUGUAAUUGUACAAGUCCUCAAAUUUGUUGCUAUUAGCUUGGAAUAAUCUGAACACCCAGAUUAUAUCCAGAUUAUAGCUGUGCUUCUAUUGACUUAUUAGAAGCUCACAACCAUUGAUUAGAAAGCCCUCAUGAAGUCCACAUUAGAAGCUCCCUCC